GGGGACAUUUUCGACAUCCUGACUGGUGAAAGAGAUGUGGACCACCCCCUGUGUGAAGACUGUACUGACCAACUUUUAGAGGAACUGGAUACCCAGCUCAUCCUCACAGAGGCUGACAACCAGAACUACACACAUUGGAGGACGAGGAGGCUGCGCGAGGAGGAGCUGGCGACACUGCAGGGGGAGCUGGAGGGCCUGGAGCUGCAGGAGGCAAGGCUGGUCCGGGAGCUGGAGGAGGUGGACAGGAACCGAGAAAGGGUAGCAGAGGAUCUUGAGGCAGCCCGAGCAGAGACGCGGAUGCUGGCCCAGCAGGACGAACGGUGCUGGAGGGACUACAGUCACUUGGAAUGGCAGCAAUCAGAGCUGCAGGAUGAGCUGGCCAGCAAGAGGAACCAGCUGGCACACGCCCAGAGGCAGUGGGACCGGCUGCAGAAGACCAACGUCUUCAGUGCCACCUUCGAGAUCACACAUGAUGGCCCUGUGGGCAUCAUCAACAGCUUCAGAUUGGGCUGCCUCCCCACUGUUCCCGUGAGCUGGAAUGAGAUCAACAUGGCCUGGGGACAGACAGCUUUGCUGCUCCAUGCCCUGUCCAACAAGGUUGGGCUGAGGUUUCAGAGGUAUCGACUCUUCCCCCGCGGGAACCGGUCCUAUCUGAAGUCUUUAACAGAUGACACCAUUGAGCUGCCGUUGUUCUGCAUCUCAGGGCAGAGUACUUACUCGGAUGUCAAAUUUGACCUCGCAAUGAUGGCUUUUUUGGACUGCAUGCAGCAGUUCAAGGAAAAGGCCGAGGAAGAGGAGUGGGGUCUCUGCCUGCCCUGCAAGAUUCAUGUGCAAGAUGGCCUGAUGGAAGCCUCCGGAAGCACUGGUGAGCUCUAUUCCAUCCGAACCCGCUUGAACACAGAGGAGCAGUGGACAAAGGCACUCAAGCUCAUGCUUACAAAUUUUAAGUGUACUCUUGCUUGGAUCUCUUUAAAAUACUGUCAAAAGUAA